AGUCAAUAUGGCGUGUGUGCUUAUUAGUAUUCUACAACUUAGAAUUUAAAAGACAUUUGCUUAAAAUCGAAGAAAAUUGAUUAGAAAGAGUAGUGUGAAAAAAUGACUACAAUCGCUGAUUUAUUUACAAAAUACAAUUGUACAAAUUGUCAAGAUGACAUACAGGGCAUACGUGUACAUUGUCCGGAAUGCGACAAUUUCGAUUUAUGUCUGCAGUGCUUUGCAGCUGGAGCGGAAAUUGGUGCACAUCAAAAUAAUCAUCCUUAUCAAUUCAUGGAUACGGGAACCACGAUUUUGUCAGUUUUUCGUGGCAAAGGGGCAUGGACCGCUAGAGAGGAGAUACGUUUGUUAGAUGCAAUUGAACAGUAUGGGUUUGGGAAUUGGGAAGAUAUAAGUAAACAUAUCGAAACCAAAUCUGCCGAAGAUGCCAAAGAAGAAUACGUUAAUAAAUUCGUUAAUGGUACCAUUGGCCGUCAUACAUGGACACCUGCCCAAUCACAACGGCCCACAUUGGUUGAUCACACAUCUGAAGACGCAGGUCCGUUAGGAGCAGCCGCUCUUCAACGCUUACCCCCUCUAGACAUAACAACAGAGGAGGCUACCCAGCUUGGCUAUAUGCCAAACAGAGAUAGUUUCGAGCGGGAAUAUGAUCCAACGGCCGAGCAGUUAAUAUCGACAUUAUCAUUAAACGCUGACGACACAGAAGCCGAUUAUCUGCUUAAAUUAGCGCAUGUUGAUCUGUACACGAGACGCUUAAGAGAGCGCGUACGCCGGAAGCGUUUAGUGCGCGAUUAUCAAUUGGUAUCGAAUUUCUUUCGAAAUCGAAAUUAUUCUCAAUAUCCGAGCAUGACACGUGAACAAAAGGAAUUCCGUGACCGAUUUCGCGUAUUCUCGCAGUUUUACACAGCAAAUGAGUAUGAACGUUUACUCGGCUCUCUAGAGCGCGAGAAGGAGCUACGUAUUCGCUUGUCAGAACUAUGCCGUUACCGUUAUAAUGGUUUAACAAAAAUCACCGAAUGCCGUCAUUUUGAGCAGCACGCAGCCGUAGCAACUGGCCGCUCAACAGGACCUUACGGGCACGGCAAGACAGACAAUACGCAACACAACAUUGGAAAUCAUCAGCAGCAAAGCUAUUCCUUGCACUGCCCUCAACUCAACAGCCGAAGACACGAGGUGUUAAACGGAAACGAAACAAAUUUAAGUUCCAUCGCACCAAGCAACAUGCUCCACAUCGGCGACCAGAUCUCUUACGUCGCAUCAUCGCACAACAAAAACUACUUGGAUAGCUAUCGGGGAUCACCGGGACAUACAAUGACGAUGACUUCGACGACAACGGAUAUGAUGUCAACGGGGACAGGGAUAUUGGGAACGACAAUUCCAGCCGCAACAAUGCGGACACAAUCAACAAGUAUCAACAGUCAACCUCAACUGCAGCAAUUACUGGUGGCAUCUGCGAAAAACCCAACACAAGUACAAAUAAACGACGCCGCCAUUAUCGCAAAUCAAACCGUAGAAAAGCAGCAAAUUCACGAAAGCAACAGCAAUCUGAUGCAGCUAUCAAACAGCAAUGCAAAAGAACAACCGUUAAUAGCAUAUCCAGCUACGCCAAUGAGUGAAAUAUUGAGAGCUCAACUAGAAGAAAUCAAACGUUUGCCACAACUUCUAGGCACCAAUCUGCUAACAAAGAAUGAGCAACAAUUAUGCAAAAUGUUUAACUUGCAACCAACAAUGUACCUAUCAUUGAAAACGAUUUUACUUAGCGGCGCGCCAGUAGCUGCUAACAAUUUGUCACCCGUGGAGAGUUCCUUACGUAAAUAUUUUAUUAAAGUAGGUUGGCUAAGUCAUUAAAUAAUUUGCAUAAACUUGAUUUUCCCGUUAUUAUUAAAGCCCUCGUUUAAGUGUAUAAAAAAAAAAAAA